GAGCGAACUCGGCCCGAGGCUGAAUUAUGUGUGGCUGAAUUUGAUUACAUGACGGGUAUAGGUGGGACGGGCUUAACGCCGGCUUCGCGCACUCUGACGCCUACUACCAGUUGCUCGCCGAGAGCCGGCCGCCUCACAUCGCGUCCUCGCUCAGGUCAUCAUGAUGCUCCGACGGUGCUUCACAUCCCAUCCCGUGGCGGGAUUCGGACUUGCUCUGGAGUAAGACUGUUUGUUCCCUUUGGAAAACUUUGGGAAAAGUGUGCACUUAAUUGGACUGUUCUGCCCUUUUGGAGCGCGACUUGUGGAUACAUGGAAGGGUGAUCUUGAACAUUCAAGUAUUAUCCAGAUGAUCAGAAGCGACGAGAUCGAUUCUAGCGAUCCGGCGCGAGUAUGACCUCGACGACCGGACCAUCCUCUCCUCCCUUUGCCUCCGUCACCUCAGCUGCCAUCACUUCGUCGGCUGUACGUCAUUGUGCCGCCACCAUCACCUCCAUGGUCAGUAGUAAUUCCAUCAGCGGCGGUGGUGUAGAUGAUGAUGAACCUUGCACUGCAGUCAUCAAUGGUGGCAGUCCUCCAUCUAUUGCAACUACGGAUGUAUCAUCACCACCAAGAGCUCUCACUUUGUCUGCAUCAGCGACUGCUAUGGAUAUCAGAUCACCUAUGUGCCCCAUGGAUGAUGACGAUGAUUAUGAAUCAAAAGAUGAAAUGAAAAUUGAUCGAUCAUCCCCCAGAGACAGCUGUGAAGCAUCCCUGCCCCGGCAAUCUCGAAAUAAAAGAAAAAAUUUCAAACCCCGAAAUAUUGUUUAUCAUUAUUCGGAUAGUGAAUAUGACGAUGAUGUCACUGAUGAGGAUUGCUACGAAGACCGACCAGAUUUUUCAAGGUCCAGCCCUUAUCGUGUUUCCCCUUCAUCUCCUGUUCCAUCUAGAAGCUCUGAAGGUGAUCGUGGAAUUGGCGGGGAACAGCCUCUUGAUUUGAGUAGCGAGACUGGAUCUGUUCGGUGGAGGUUGGGUUCAAAAAGUCAACAAGAGGACAGUCCUCGAUUAAAUAGUGUAAAGAGUCCGGUGAAUACCCCUCGUUAUGAUUAUUGCGAUGAUGACGAAGAAAUGGAUGACUCUGCCAUGGACGAUGAUCAGGACAAAAUUCCAGCCAUGGACUUAUCUCGCAGCUGCGCUCGGGAGGAACUUGAAUCCGGUUCCAGUCCCACUCAUUCUGUCAGUGGACCCACUAUGGAAUCUUCAAUUAGUCCUCGUCUCGCGUGCCACCAGAAUUACUCUGCAGUAAAAAGACCUAUUGGUGAGCCCCAUUAUACCUGUGCGGAAGGAGCUACAAUGAAGGAUUACGCGGAGAACACAAUGAAGGAAUUACUAGGAAUGUACGGACUAAAUGAUGCUACUGAAGCAAUGCCAAGUCAUACGCCCAUACACAACUAUUCCUCAGGAAAGAUGUUAGAUGCAAUGGCUUCUCAACAGUUAUCAUGUCUGGCAUCAUUAGGAGGAUAUCCAUCUACAAGCAGCACUCUGCAAAUGAUCCAACAACAAGCAGCACAUGUAGAAGCAAUGCAUCAAGCUCGUUUAGCUCAUCAUUUUUCUAAGGAUUCCUCAAAUCAUUUUGUGGAAAAUCCAUGGUCACAAACUGCUGAUAACAGUAAUGUUCCAAGUAUCAGUCAACAGUUGCCGAACAACAAUGAGAACUUAUUUGAAUCUAUAAGAGCAAAGAUGAUGAACAAUGUUUCUCGAAUGACAUCUGCUCCUCCAAAUAGUGUCAUUCCAAAUUCUCAGGUUAUGUUGCCCCAGAAUGUUGCUACUAUAUUUACCAUUGCUGCACUCAGCUCUAAAUUGCCUUCCCAACAGCUUUCAACAGAUAAUAUACCAAGUAUACCAGCUCUUCCAAGCAGCUCAAUGUCAUCCAGCUCGCCACAUCAUUCAGCAUCUGGUAUAGGAUCUGUUAGUUCAACUCCUUCUCCAGUUGUAUCGUCAUCCCUACGUAAUAGUACUAUUUCAACAUCAUAUAAAGUGGAUCAGCAUCAUAAAUUGGGGCCUGUUGACUAUACCAGAUAUGUCAAACGGUUUUCCAGUGCAACUGAAUGUGGCAGUAGCUAUUGCAAAGACUUAAAUUAUCGAGAACAUUUUCAUUGUUUGGACUGUAAUUCGAGAGUUUUUGUAAAGAAAGAAGAAAUGAUUCGCCACUUUAAAUGGCAUAAGAAAAGAGAUGAUUCGCUUCAACAUGGUUUCAUGCGUUAUAGUCCUAUGGAUGAUUGCUCAGACAGAUUUAGGGGCUGUUCUCACAACCGAAAGCAAACCCAUUAUCAUUGCCUUAAGGAAAGUUGUGACAAAGUAUAUAUAAGUACAUCAGAUGUACAGAUGCAUGCAAAUUACCAUAGAAAAGAUACAGCUAUUAUUCAAGAAGGCUUCCAAAGAUUUCGUGCAACAGAAAACUGUGCUACUGCCACUUGUUUGUUUUUUGGUCAACGAACAACACAUUUUCACUGUCGAAGAUCAGGAUGCAGUUUUACCUUUAAAAAUAAAGCAGAUAUGGAAAAGCAUAAAACUUAUCACAUUAAGGAUGAGCAACUGAACAAAGAUGGAUUCAAAAAAUUUAUGAAGCAUGAACAUUGUACAUUUGAGAAUUGUCGCUUUUCACGUGUGUGUAAUCAUAUUCAUUGCAUUCGACCAGGUUGUACAUAUGUUUUACAUUCAAGUGGUCAGCUUUAUUCACACAAAAGGAAACAUGAAAGACGGGAUACGGAACUAGCAUACCGAAAAUUCAAGCUUGCUCAAAGUAUGAUGAAAACACUGACUGAAGCUGGUAGCCUGUCUCAAACAUUUCUUCCUGAACCACCUUCUUCUGGAGAAUCAUCCUCAAGUCCAGCUCCUGGUUCUAUGCCUCCUACAUCUAUGUCUUCAUCUGGUCACUUCAAUAGUUUCAUUUCUGAUGAUGGAUCCUUAUCAAAUUGUUAUCCUUCUAAGACUGAUAAAAAGGAAUGCAUAUAUAGCAUAGCUGAUAUGAAUAAUAUCCAUGGCCAACACUAUGCAUCUGUAACCAAUGAAAAUACUUUAACAUCAUCAUCAUGUAUUAGUGGAGAUAAUACUAACAUGCCAGAAGAAAGCUCAGCUGUUGACUUAAGUGUAGAUCAUGCUAAAGAUUCUGAAGAUCUGUGGAAAGUUUACUUAACAAGGUUUGGAGCAAAUGAUGUGUGCCAGCAACAGUGUGAAUUUCUAUAUAAGGAUCAUUACCACUGUGCAACUGACAACUGUAGUAUGACAUUCAGAGCAAAAGAUAUCUUAGGUGUCAGAGAGCAUGCAUGCAAUCAUGAAUACCAGGAACAAGUAACCAAAUCUUUCUACACUGUAGUUGAAAUCGAUCAAAAUGGUGCUUGUCCCCCAGACUGUCAUUAUAAAGCCAAAGAAAAACACUACCAUUGCAAAUGGGAAAAUUGUCAAGAAGUCAUCAGCAGCGAUGACAAUCCUUUCAGAAGACUUGAUCAUUAUAAAAUACAUAAGUAUUCUCGAAAGCUAAGUGCUCAGAAAGAACAUCCACCUAGUUCAAGUUGUGUGACGUCUGUCAUGGACAGCAUGUUUCGGAGGAAGAGAGGCCGUCCACCAAAGAAUCGACUUAUUGAGUUUCCAAUGGGUACCUCUCAUCUACCUCAAGCAAUAUAUACAAGCUUUAAACUUCCAAAGCCAUCAGAACUUUCUCAUAACUUUCCUACAUCAUAUGGACCAUUUACAUCUGCCUACAAUGCAGUGUCUCUCUUACCUCCACCACCUGUUACAAUGAUGUCAACUCCUUCCAGUAUUCCACAGUUAAUUCCAGUAACUGGUCUUGGACAAUGUAUUUUCCCUUCGCCUAAUUUGCUAGAAAUUCCUCCUCCUCCACAUCUAGAAAAACAAGAAAAUAGUCCUGUUUCAUCAUCUCCUUCAGAAAAUCAAGAUUUUCAUGAGCAAACAAAGCCAGAGGUAAAGGAAGGGUUUUAUAUUUUUCGGGAGAAAAUGCCUUGCCCAGACAAAUUGUGUACUUUUUAUAAUCAACAUCAUUUCCACUGUACACAACCAAGAUGUUAUUAUGUGACUGAUAGAAGUGACAUACUCCUCCUUCACUCCAAAGAUUUUCAUGACAAUAUUGACAUCAUGGAUGGCUUUGUAUUCUUUGAUCGCAGUGUUGACUGUAGACUGCAAGGUUGUCAUAGCAAUAAAAUAAAUCGACAUUUUCAUUGUGUUCGUGCUAAUUGCAAUUAUUCUUUUGUACGAUAUAGCACGAUGACUGUUCAUGAACAGAAGCACAAAGAGCAAAGUGGAAGUAGCAAUUAUGUUCCUUCAUCACCAAAAAAGAAACAUUUUUCAUCAUCUGCUGAAGAUUGCCAGGAGUCAAAUACUUUUGAAGGUUGCUCAUCAGUCAUUAAAACAGCUUCAUCUGAUUCUUCUUCAUUGCCUAAAGCUACAGUUGUUAAAGCAGCUGGCACGUUUUACCCUUUGUCUGCAUUUUCUACAAGUCAGACAUCUUCCCAUUGCCCCCAAAGUUCUUCAAAUUCAUCUCCAGGGCAUCAGCAGUAUCCCAAACAGACUGAGGAAAAAAACAGCAAUAACGAUGCCAUAAAUAACAUUCAGAAUGAAGCUUCUUAUAAUCAGAAUGUUGAUGCUACAGAACAACCACUCAGUAAACUUCUACUGCAACCUGGGCCAAAUUAUCGAAAUAGCUUUCAAGGCACUGAAAAACAUAUUUUGUACAGUCCACAACAAAGCUGUGGCAGACCCUUUUGCAAAUUAAAGAAGCGAGAUCACUUUCAUUGUAAUGUUUGUAAUCAAGCUUUUUCUGGCUUCUCACGCCUUCAACCUCAUAUUAUGAAACACCCUGGUGCACCAAGUCCAAUUCCAGUAUAUCCUCCUGGUUAUACAAAAGUAUCAACUUCAUCACCCAGUCCAGAUGAAGACGAACUGGACACAGAGGACAUGAGUGACUUAGAGGAACAUUGUCCUGCUAAUGGACCUGUAUACACUGGUUCUGAAGAAACUAAAGAACUAAUGGAUGAACAACAGGUUUCUUCUUCUCAUCAGCUAUUUAGUUGGCAAUCUGUGUCAUCGAGCAGUUCUCCAUUUCAACCCACCAUGAAGUGCAGCAUUAGUAUUAGUAGUACAAACCAGAUUCCUUCCAGCAGUGACAGUUUUUAUGGUUCACCACAAGUUGACUAUGGUGCUUUAAUGGAUGCCAGUGAAACUAGUAACAAAGUCAUUGAUUUAAAGAGACAUUUUCCCCUGAAACUUGAAGGGAACAGUGAAAUGAAAAAGAUGAAAAUGGCAGCCUUACGAAUUCUUAAAGAUGAGCCCAUACCAGAGGGAUAUUCAAGAUGUCGUUUCAAUGAAAACUGCGGCUAUCCACUUUGUGGUUAUCGCGAACAUCAAACUCAUUUUCAUUGCAUGAGAAAAGAUUGUGGUUACAGUUUUUGUGACAAAACUAGAUUUGUGCAACAUACUGCAAGACAUGAACGAUUGGAUACUCUGAUGGGGGGAGAUUUUCAGCAGUAUAGGUCUACAGUAAAUUGUGGAAGACCUGACUGUGUAUAUCUUAAUACUUUGGGUGCCAUGACACACAAAUCAUCUCAUUUCCACUGCCGAAAGUGUGAUUUUGUAUGUACAGAUACUAACAAGGUUGUAGCCCAUCGCAGGCAACAUGCAAAAAUGGACAGCAUUUAUGCUGCUGGAUUUGAGAAAUAUACUCAAUUUCAGAGUUGUAAUAUAAGUAAUUGUAACCAUAAUCAAAAACAAACUCAUUAUCAUUGUCUUAAAUGUCAACAUGCAGUUUUAGGCCUUUCUCAAAUGUCUUCCCAUAAAUAUCGCCAUAUGGAUUGAUAAAUGGUGCUUUUAUAUGGUAAUUGUGCCAACUACUGAAAACAUCUAUAACUGUUGGCAUUAAAGCAAUCAAAAUUGUGUUUAGUGUUUUGCUUCCCUUUAUUGAAUAUUUAUUGUUUCGUCUCUAUUAGUGAUACAAUUAUAAUAAAUGAUGUCAAACAUCAAUGUGAUAUCCUUGCCGGUGCAGAGCACUUUCAUGAUGUGCCUUCUGAAAUGUUUUCAAUUAUCUGAAUUUUAAAAUAUCAUUUUCAAUUACUUUGUAAAGUCAAUUUUUAUUGGCCAUAAAGAAUUAUAUUUUCGAGAAAUAUCUGCUCUGUCCAGAAUGUAGCAACUGGAAAUUAGGAACAGUAUCUAAAUAAGCAUACAUUCAUCUCUAAAACUUGCUCAUUCUAGGUCACUGUCUUUAAGUACUGCAUAAAAUACAAAAGCAUAUUUCAUUGCUCUUUGUUGAUAUUUUAUGACUGAAUAAGGUGUCAAUAAAUGAGGGUCCAAUUAGUUAAUUAUCCCUAUGUCUUAUACUCAUAGCAUUCCUUCUGGAUCAGUUAGCAUCUGGUGCAAUAUUGAGGAAUAGUGCCAAAUAUUUUUUUCCUCAUUUUAUAAUCGCUUUAUCCAUGAAAAUUAGUUUUAGUGGUUCUCUUGUAAUCUGUCUAGCAACUGCUGUACCUUGGCUGAGACAUAGCAGCUGUCAUUUAUAAUUUAAAUGCCUCCAUUUUUAAAAGCAUCUUAAGUAUAUUCUUAGAUGUCAUGCUGACACAUUCCCUUUUGUCAAUAUUGCUGUUAGCUUUUAUUUGUUUAAAUCCAAAAAUUCGAAACGCUAACCAUUCAUAUACCAUUGUUUAUAGAAUUGUAAGUAUUCUGAACCCUUACUUUCAUGUAUUGUAAAGAUGUGAAAAUACUUGGUGAUUUAUGAUCCUUUGUGUUUUAAUUGUAUAUGUAAUACUGCAUAUUUGAUAUAAUUAUAUUUCAGAGUAUACAUUAAAUUGAGGAAAUGUGCAGUUGUAUUUGCUUGAAAACUUUUUAAUUUCAUCUUUGAAAAUUUAAGUAAAUGGUUUUCUCUCUUAACAGUUUUAUGAAUUUUAAUUAUAAUUUUAUUCUUAGUUUACUUUUCACUAUGAUAUAGUGUUUUGAAUUUGUAAUAAGUAGAGCAAUAUAUUCAUAAUUGCAUUUGUAAUAAGUAGAACAAUAUAUUCAUAAUACAAUUUUAUUUGCUAGUGUGAAUGAAGUUGUAGCAUGGACAGCUAUAGUUUACUUUUCAUCAGUUAAUUUUCACUUCAAUGGAAAUUUCAAAGUUAAUUUUAAAUAUUAUUAUGAACAAAUAACACAUGUCAUUUUAAGCUUGUAUUUUUCAUUUAUAAAUGUUUCUUUAUAAAGUUAUCUAAGUGUAACUUCCUUCUUAAUAAAAAUUUGCUUGUGUUUCUAAUAUACUAGAUAAUAAUUCUCCUUAAAAUGCUCAUACACAUAUUUUAUAAGAAUAAUUUUUAAGACCUAUGUGGUAUGUUUUAUCUGUUUUUAAGUUUAAUUAUAAAUCUGAAACAAAGCCUUAUAAAAAAGCAUUUCUUUUCAUUGUUUUUUCACGUCAGAUUAUUUUUUAGGAUAUUUUACAUUUGAUUUAUGUAGGUUAUUUACUUUCCAUUUUCAACUUAUAAAUCAAUUAGUAUUUUUGAUGUACUGCACUGUUUUUAUUCUUUAAUAAUUAUAAACAGAGAUUAAAUUAAAUUCCCCAUUUAUAAUUUUUGACAUAAUCAUCAGAGUGUUUAUGGUGUGAUUCAGUAAUUGAAACACUGAAUGUUGAAGUGUUAAAGGGUAAAACUAUGUGUAGUGAUUUUUUAAAGUAUGCAACAUUAUUUUAAAAUGUCAUAUUUUUCUAUAUAUUACUUUUGUACCAAGAAAAGUGUAUCAAGACUUUAGUUACAUUUUUGUGCUUUUUAAAAUUAUAUUUGUCUCCCAGAUUGUGAAAUUGUAGUUUCACGAAAUUUGAGACCAAUUUUUUAGUGAACAUUUCUGAUAAGUUUUUCAUUCCUUACCACAUUAAAGAAAUGUUUUCAAGUUAAACUUUUCAUAUCUCUAUUAUAUUUUAAUGUAUACCGCAGUUAAAUUCAUGCAAGAUUGCUUUGCAUUUCACUCCAUUGAUUUGGGAUCAGUUUGGUUUUAAAACUAUGAAUCAACAUUAUCACAGAUACGAAUAUUUUUGUGCAAGUUUCAAAUUUUUAAGUAUUUUCACAUGAUCCAUAAUCAGAACAUAUUAAGUUGCAUAUAUUCAGUAAGUUAUAUGGUAGUAUCAUGUUAUGAUAAAUUUUUGCAUUUUACAGAUUGACUUAAAAAUUUUCUAUUGCUGUCUAAAGUGUGUAUCCUACAAAAAAGGGGAAAAAAGAGGCACCUGUAACUCUUGUCUUCUAUAUUUUAACAUGAUUAAAUAAUAUCUCUAGCAGCUUUCAUGAUCAGCAAAUUAGUAUUUGUGUAAAAUAUAAUGAUUUAAAAUUUUAAAACUGUUGCCUCAAAAGAGAAAACAUUUUUCUGAGCAUUUAAUUUUCUAAAGUACAGUUAUUGAAGUAAAGUCAUAUUUAUCUUUUUAGAAUCUCAUGCCCAAUCUAUUAUUAAAAUAGAGGUAUCAUUCAAUUAAUAUUUUUUUCCACUUUUCCUUGUACAAGUCUAAUUUCCACCAUUUUACUUUGUAUAAAAUCUAACUGUCUCUUUGUAUUAAAUGUCAUUCAGAUGCCUAAACAUAUAUGUAAAAGUAUAUAUAUACAUAGGUGGAAAAUUAGACAAUCAUUUCAUAUAUAGUUCGUAAUAAUUGCUUUUCCAGUAUUUUUAUUUGCUGAUUCAUUUAGUGUACUCCAAAGGUGUUUUGUGGCGCUGGUUGUCGAAUGUAAUGUUGAAUAAUACUGCAGUGACCUAUUUUUGUAUAUAUUUUAGUCCUAGUGGAGAAAGAUUAGUGCCUUUGAUCCACUGCUGCCCCAAGUUUUAUGUUGUCACUCUUUUGUUGUAUACUCUUGUAUGUCCUCCAAGGUGGAACGUCAGUGAUGUAUAAUAAAAUAUUAAUCUCAGUUUA